UCCACGGAAACGUGCAAACCAUACCGCUGAGAUUUUUCGCUAGUCACUUCUCGCACUAAGCAAUAGCUAUUAGAAUCAAUCGUUCUGCACUAAUCACCACAAAAUCGCAAAAUGGCAACUACAACCAUGCAUUUUGGCCCCGAGUGGAUGCGCGCGAAGCCACAAACUCCUGCCGCUCGCCCCCAAGCACCUCCCUCUCCACCUCCUCCGGCAAUAUCUAAUACACAGCAAACGAACGCGUCAACUUAUUCUGCACUCGUUACACCUGCCGCCGCACCAGAGCCUGAGAAACGUGAUGAAUGCCGUCCUUUCAGAUAUUCAAAGGAAGCAAUGCUCAGAAUCUACAAAGAGGGUGGCGGGAGGGGCGGUCUGGGAUUAGAGGUGGAAAGGUGGGAGGGCAUUGUACAUGAAGUCAGCAGUGAACCCACAGGAUUGCGCGAAAUGAGCGAUGCGGAAAAGAAGCUGUUUGCUGGGCCACUUAAUUCCGAACUUCGACGGCGCCAGUCUACCGACCUUAUAAGCACGCUGUCAUCUCCAUCUGAUAGACCCAGGUUGAACCAUUCCAAUACCGGAGGAGCGAGUCCUAUGAGAGGGUUUGGUCUUAUGGGAAGGAGGAGAGACAGCACAGAUCAACCACCACUUGCAUUACCUCGUAAAUUGUCUGUGUCUAAUGCACAAGGUAAUUCUCCACGCGACGGAGCACUGCCUUCCCCUCGUACCCGAAUAGGCGGCUUUGCUUCAGGAUUCGACGGUGUUCUUAACGGUGGAGAUUCUUGGAUGGCUAGACGGCGAACAUCGGAGAGCGUACUGAAAGUUGGAGGAGUAUCUACGGGGACCCGUCCGGAGAGCAGAGAAGAGGAUGCGAAAGGACAUAAUAUCAAAGAAGUGGAGGAAGAACACCCAGUACAAAACACCGCGCUCCAGCCUAGUCCUUCCGGCGCUUCUCAAUUAUCUCCAAUCCCUGAUUCCCAGCCCCCUGAUAUCACAAGCAGCAGUCCGAGCCAGCAACCUGCGCUAAGUGCAGAUUCUGCGGCACAUCGUAUGACUGGAAUGAGUCUCGGUGAAAAUGGGCAGACCAGCGCGAACUUUCAUCUCAACCCGGUGACCGACAGUCUGACGACGGGUCCACCACCGGGUCUUGAUCCGGCUAGCAUUGAGUGGUCAUACCUGGAUCCUCAAGGUCAAGUGCAAGGUCCUUUCAAAGCUGAUAUAAUGCAGAAAUGGUUUGAUGAGGGCUAUUUCACUCCCGACCUCCUGAUGAAGCGCACUCAUAUUGAUCGAGAAUGGACGGCGGUUGGGAUUCUUGACCACCAGUCCGCUGGCGGGAAAAUAUUUCUUUCACAAUUCCCAACGUCCACCGGACCUCCUGGUCUCAGUAUCCGUACCGAUUCCUCGCAUAAUUACUCCCCCGCUCAUGAGCAUAAUACAUUCAGUGGAUACCAGCCUGUGCCAACUCGGACUCUCCGUACUGCAACAUUGGACCCAUACCUUAAUAGCGCCUCUCCUUUAGAUUCUCCCUCCUCGUCCUUUGGUGGUGGGAGGUUUGGCAACGGCUCCCCCGAUACUUCUGCAUUGGCGGGGAGAGUCGGAAACCUUUACACUGGCGACUCGGGACUUGGCUCUCAUGGUUUUACUGUAAAUCCAGGUCCGUUCGGUCCAGUUGGGGACCCCCGCUCGUCGUUCAACACUUUAGCACCUGGCAGAACUUCGUCACUGGACACAUUCAGCACCUAUAAGAAUAACAAUAACUCCCAAUGGCCACCGUCCAUGACCCAGAAUGUGCAACAUUUUGGUGGCAGUGAGCAUUCCCUUGCGACUGGUUUCAACAAUGGCAUUGGCUCGGGCGUCAUGCCGGUACCUGUGCCAAUUGCGCAGAGCCACUCUUUCACACAAGAGCCCUCGUAUAGUGAUGGCACGUACAACGCCAUGGGCAGUCUCGGCGCCUCUCACGACUCACCCAUCGCACGGCACCCCGUCGAGACGAACGGGCUAGGCUUCAACAACCUAGGGAUGAACGGUUCACCUUACGUGCAGCACUUCCCCCAGUCCCCUGUCGUGCCACAACAGCGCUCGUCUACAUCGCCGUUCGGUGAAGUUCUCGCAAAGGUCGCUGAAGCCCCUGCCGUGCGGACACCAGUGUCUGCGGCGCAGCCUGAGAAUGUGUCAUCACCCUGGGGCGCACCCGAGUCUGCUCCUGUACGCCGCCCUGUGGCUGAGAUCCCUACCCCGCCCCCUGUUUCCCAGCCACCUCCAGCUGCCUGGAGUCAACCCCCGCAACCCGCCCGUAAUGCCCCCAAGUCAAAAGACCCUUCACCAUGGCUGACAGCCUCCCUAGGCGUCGUUGAUGAUGGAUGGCGCGAGGUUCCUGGCCCAAACAGUCUCACCGUGAGCAACCUCGGGCAGCAUAAUAAGAUGUAUGAGGAUGUGGAUGAGGAGUCUAACGUUGCUGUGUCACCCAUUGGGGGAACGGAGGAGGAAGCUGCACCUGUACCCGCGUCAGAGAUACCCCAGCCAGCGCCCAAGGCCCCAACCCCCGCUCCACACAUUGAGCCCCUGACAUUUACAGCGCCCAAGGCCAAAGUCAAAUCCACUGUUCGUGAGGCUCAGACACCCGCCCCGGCUUCUACACCGAAAUAUACACCUCCCGCACCCGCACCCGCACCCGCACCCGCACCCGCACCCGCACCCGCACCCGCACCCGCACCCGCACCCGCACCCGCACCCGCCCUAGCACUCGCACCCGCCCUAAAGAGCCCAUCUCCUGUUCCAAAGCCUGCGUGGGCGACUGAAGACGAUGCGAAAAAGGGCAAGGCAUCGCUCGGUCUGCGCGAGAUCCAAGAAGCAGAGACAAAGAAGGCAGAGGCACGUAAGGUUGCAGAACGCGAGCGACUUGCACGCGCCAAUGUGCCUACCCCACCUGCUGUCGUCGAAGAUGCGCAGCCGUUCAUCGCAUCGUGGGGACUUCCAACCUCUCAAACGGGUGCACGAGCUGCUGUGACGCCAAGAGGUGGAGAGGCUGCAGCAACACCUACAGUGAGUGCUCCGGUGUGGACGUCAACGAGUACGGUACCUGCCAAGAAGACGAUGAAGGAGAUCCAGGAGGAAGAGGAGCGCCGGAAGAAGAUGGGACUGAAAGAUUCGAUGGCGGCGACGGCUGCAAGGCGCGGAUAUGCAGAGACUACUUUCAAGGUGGUUCCUAGUGCACAGGGCCCUAGUGGCGGGGCAUGGACGACGGUUGGCGCAAAUGGCAAGACAAACGCACCUGUACCUGCACCUGUACCCGCACCUGCAUCUGCACCUGCACCUGCACCGGCGCCCGUUCGUCCAGCUGCCACUCCAUCCGUAUCUACACAAGCGGCGCCUACGCCUCGCCCCAAUGGUAUAACAGUCCGCUCGACUUCGCAGGCUUUUACAAAGGCUGCUGCUGGCGCACCAUCACACGUGGACGACACGCCCGUUACGUCUACCCACGAUUUCCUCAAGUGGCUGAGCGAUACGCUGAAAGGGCUCAAUAAUUCCGUGAACCUGGAAGACAUAACGCAGAUGCUCCUCUCUUUUCCCCUUGACCCAGAUCCUUCUACAUCAGAGAUCAUUUCCGACCUGAUCUAUGCGAAUAGCACUACGCUCGAUGGGCGGAGGUUCGCAGCAGAGUUCGUUAAGCGCCGCCGGGCUAGUGGGACAGCCGGACCAGGACCAAAUGGGAAUGGAAAAGUGUCGAUCGCAGACGUAGUGAAGGCGGCGCCACGAGCUGCCCAACCGGAAUGGGGCUUCAAGGUAGUGAAUAAGAAGAAGAAGGGGAGGGCGUGAGUGGGAGUAGGAGUGGGGGCAUAUUUUUAGUGUUGUACAUGCAUACUCAUAAGGAUGCUGAGACACUCAUUCGCUUGUUUUUUAUCAUCUCAUGAAUUAAUUUUCUCUGUUCGAGUCCUAACAUUGUGAUCAUUAAUGCUGUUUUGGUUGUACUUCAAGUGACCAAUCGCGUCAU